AGCCGGCCGGCCUAGUUCCCGGGUUUCUAGGCUCUCUUCGGGGUGGCUCUGCCGAGCUUCCCUGGAGCUUGUAGUAAAGUAGCCACCCUCGGGAACCCGGCUUUCGCCGCUGAGACUUAGAGCGACACUACACCAAACCCGCCAGAAUGAAGCGGGCCUUCCACACACGCACGUUUGUGAGACGCCACUUGUAGCUUUUAUCCGUGGCCAAAGAAACGCAGGGUUUUCCCUGCGUUUUGGGUGUAGUGUUCUUUGAGCUUUCACAAACGCACCCGCGUGUUGGUGUAAUUGCCACCAAAAUCGGCAUACAGCUUAGCUUACAGCGUUCCCCCAGUCACCCAGCAUAACCUGUGGUAAAAGCCCUCAGUUUUCGGUCCGAGUAGCUUGUUUGUCCCAGAAUGUCACGUUGAUGGGAGCGAACGCCGCACGGCCUUAUGCAUUCUAUGGGUGGCUGGCUGCUCUCUGACUUUGCCGAGUACUGUUCCACUGAAUGAAUGCAUCAUGAUUUCUCAACCCAUUCUAUAGAGGGCACAAUUGGAUAGUUUACGGAUUUUGUUUAUCCAUGGAUAUUAUAAAGGGGAACCUAGAUGGAAUUUCGAAACCAGCCUCAAAUUCAAGAACCCGUCCUGGGAGCAGAAACUCAAAUGCUUCUAUGGAAGUGCUCUCACCGGAACCUGCCUCUUUUAAGGUUGAUACUGCGAUCAAGUUGCUGAACUCUGGUGAAGAAGACCAAUCAGAAAACAGUGAUACGGAGGGAAGAAGAGAAAGUAACAAUGAGGGUGGAGAAAGCUUCCCUGAGGAAACAAAACUGGACAAAGAGGGCUCAGAUGAUGAUUUGGAGUUGGUUCAAUGUCAGAUAAUCCCUGAAUGUUCAGAUAAACUGAAAUUAAAAGAAGAAGAUUCUCAACUCCAAGAUGCUAUUUCUAAGAUGAAGCGACUUGAUAAAAUAUUGGCAAAGAGGCGAUGUAGAGAAAAGGAAGUUAAGAAGCAAGGUCUAGAAAUGAGAAUAAAGCUGUGGGAGGACCUUAAGUCUGCACAAAAAGCUGAAGCAUUCCAAAGUAAUGAGGAGAUUGAAAAUACCAAAAAGUUUUUGUCUUUGACGGCUGCGUCUGAAGAAAUGCAUGAUCCUUCUCAUUGUAAGGAUGAAGGUGUGUUUUUCUCAGUGUUUCAUACUCAAGUCCCUCCAGAAGAAUAUGAAAAACACAUGCAGACUGUUAAUCAAGAUUUUACCAAUGAUGUGGAAAGACAUGAUUCAUUGGUCAAAGCUGAAAAGAAACCUUCCUCAACUACAGAGAAGAUGGAACUCCAGGGUAAACACAACCAGGAUUUUAUUAAGAGAAACAUUGAGUUGGCCAAGAACUCAAGAGACCUAGUGGUUAUGACUGACAAAGAGAAGAAAAGACUGGUUGAACUUCUGAGGGAUUUAGAUGACCAAGAAUCAGUGCUGCCCUGUUGUGAGGGUGAGCAGAGUGGCUGGUUGUUUCCCGGAGAAGGAUACACACUGGCUCCCACCCAGUAUGCACAACUUGCUGAAAUCAACACAAAACUCCAAGAACUUUCUGUAGCCUCAUUGGCCGUGCCCAGUUUGUUCCCAAAACCCGACUGUCAGAAUGAACAGGCAUGUGGCCUUAAUAAUGAAAGAAAUAUGGAAAUAUCUCCAGGAGAAAAGGUCCUCCGGAACACCAAAGAGGAGCGGGACCAGCAAAAUCGACUACGAGAGAUAAAUGAAAAGCUGAGAAGGAUGAAGGAAAACGUGUUAGAUUCCCCAACACUGCUCUCUGAUGAGCAGCUAAAGUGUCUUCUGGAUGAAUGCACAUUCAAACCACAGUCCAGCAUUGUACUUCCUGAAGGCGGAGAAAACAAAGACAUCGAGGAUGUUACAUCUGAGUCACCCCCGCUAUCCAUGUCCAUCCUUUCUAAGUUGCUAAACGGGUCAGAAACAAAGGCCCAGGAAACUGAGGCAGAAGCUGCAGGUAUGCUUGAGAAUGCCGACUGUGAACCACCUUCUCAAGGCUACUACCUCGCUAAAGCUUUGACUGGACAUCAAAUGCCGGAAACUCUGGUUGCUGAAGUGGAGAAUAUGAAAUGUCUUCUGUUUUCGGAGGCUGGGGUUUUCAGUGACACAGAAGACUACUUUAUGUCAAAGGCUCUUGGUACUGGGAGACUUAGAAGGCCCUCUUUCUUGGAUGACCCACUGUAUGGUAUUAGUGUGAGCCUUUCAUCAGAGGAUGAGCAUCUGAAAUCCAGCCCUCCUGACAAAGCAAAAACAGGUGAGGCUUGGAGAACAAGUGCUUUAGUGAGUAAUAUUUAAGAUGAUGUCAAUAAAAGCUUCAAAACAUAAAAAAGUGUUUAUGAGAA